AUGGGAAAUCCCUUCACGCCCAUAACAGCCUACCAUUGCCUUCCCCCCCUUCCCUUCCUCCCUCUCAUGCACUCUGCCUUUCCCCUCUUGCACGUUGGUCACCCUUUGUCCCAUGCUGAUUUCUCCUCUUCCAAUCAGCUUGGUCCAGCCCUUCAGCCAUGUCUCCCCCUUCUCCUCUCUGCGAUCCCCCUCCCCGCACACCACUGCGUUCACAACCUGCCAGGGCAGCACGCGCACGCCACCGGCAGUGAGGAACGGUUGCGGGGCCCACAUCACCUCCCUCUCCCUCUCCCUCUCCCUCUCCCUCUCCCUCUCCCUCUCCCUCUCCCUCUCCCUCUCCCUCUCCCUCUCCCGCUCUGCCUCCAUGCCCGCCCCACCUGGCCCUCUCUCGUUGCUGCACCGUCCCCCCUCCCCUUUGCUGCUACCUACCUGCCUGCAUGCACCGUUGCUGGCCUCACCGCCUCCAUCCUCCUCGCCCCCUGCCUCACUGCACCCACGCCCACGCCCAUGCCUCUGCAGCACCACCCGCACCUGCCUGAGCACAGCUGUGUGCCCUUCAUUCGGACCCCAUGCACCGUGCCGUGCUGCGCUGCCACCUCCACCACCCCCACCACCCCAAGAAACGGCCUGGAAACCCACGCCAGCCCCUCACUGCCUGCCCGCCCCUCCCAGCCCCUCCGAGUGCCGUCUGCUGCUCGCCUCUCCACCCCUCCUCCCCCACCGCACUCCUCCCACUUGCGCUGCUGCACUCGCCCCCUCCCUGCAAUCUCCUCGCCCUCUCCACCUGCCUCUCCUCGGUCUUGCUUGCUUUGCCCCACCGCUGCUGCACAGUACUGCCCCCAUUGGGGGAAGAAGCACCGCGGCACCCACACCAGCGCACCCUUCCUCCCCUUGCCAGCCACCCUCCCUGCGCUCGCUGCCGCCACCGCCACGGCGGCCAUGCUGUGCGCGGGCAGGCGAGUGCGAGUGCGAGGGGGGGAAGGUCGCACAGUAUUCCACUCGCCCCACGGCCCUGGUGGCAGCGGCAGGGCGGGCAAGAGAAGCAGCGGUAGGCAAGGCAGGGCAGGUGAGGAUGAAGGUGGGACGAGAGGGCAUGAGGGAUGUGAUGGAGGCGCUGAGGGAACAGCGAUUGGGCAGCAAUAUGAGGCAAUGGCAUUCCUCCCCUCAUGCAGCCAUGCGGGCAAACUGCCACCGCCGCUCCUUCCCUCCUCCCCCCCGUGGGCAUCCAUCAGCAAGGCACCUCGCUUGCUCCCCACCCGCCUCAAAGUAUCCGCGCGCCUCAUCCCCCCCGCGCGCCGCCUCAUCCCCCCCGCGCGCCGCCUCAUCCCCCCCGCGCGCCUCAUCCCCCCCGCGCGCUGCCUCAUCCCCCCCCCGCGCUGCCUCAUCCUCCCCGCACGCCUCAUACCCCUCGCGCGCCUCAUCCCCCCCGCGCGCCUCAUCCCCCCCGCGCACCUCAUCCCUCCCGCGCCCCGCCUCAUCCCCCCCACGCGCCUCACCCCCCCCGCGCGCCUCAUCCCCCCCGCGCACCUCAUCCCUCCCGCGCGCCGCCUCAUCCCCCCCGCGCGCCUCAUCCCUCUCGCGCGCCUCAUCCCCCCCGCGCGCCUCAUCCCCCCCGCGCACCUCAUCCCUCCCGCGCGCCGCCUCAUCCCCCCCGCGCGCCUCAUCCCUCUCGCGCGCCUCAUCAUCCCCGCGCGCCUCAUCCCCCGUGCGACGCCUCACCCCCCCCCCGCGCGCUUCUACCACUACCUGCUGGACCGCCGGCAUAAACCGACUGCUGUGAGCAGCGGCAGCAGCGAUAGAAGCGCGGCCGGCAGAAACAGCAGAGGCGGCGGCGGCGACAGUUUAUCGCUGCCCGGGGUGAAGCACAUCGUGGCUGUGGCGUCCGCGAAAGGCGGCGUCGGCAAGUCCACCACUGCCGUGAACCUAGCAGUAGCCCUUUCACGCCACAUGCGCCUGCAGGUGGGGCUACUAGACGCGGACGUGUUCGGCCCCUCACUGCCCAAGCUACUCGGCCUGCACACAGCUGGCCGCCCCGUGCUGGCGUCACCCUCCCCCAAUGCGCGCAUGCUGCCACUGCAGGCGCACGGCGUGCUCUGCAUGUCCAUGGGCUUCCUCAUGCCUGCUGACAUGGCGGCCGUGUGGCGCGGGCCCAUGGUGAUGGCGGCGGUGGAGAAGCUUGUAAGGGGGACGGAGUGGGGGCGGCUGGAUGUGCUCGUGGUGGACAUGCCGCCCGGCACGGGUGACGUGCAGCUCAGCAUGAGCCAGAGGGUCCGCUUGUCAGGAGCGGUGGUGGUGUCGACACCGCAGGACCUCGCACUGAUGGAUGCGCGGCGGGGAGUGACCAUGUUCCGACAGGUCAACGUGCCGGUGUUGGGAGUGGUGGAGAACAUGAGUUACUUCACCUGCCCGGCCUGCUCCCACCGCUCAAACAUCUUCGGCCAUGGAGGGGCCCGACAGGCUGCCGCUGACCUGGAGAUCGAGUUUCUGGCAGAGGUGCCUCUGCUGCCGUCCAUCCGCAGUCGCUCAGACAGCGGCCUCCCCGUUGCUCUCGGCGCCUCAGCCGCUGCUGCUAGCGGGAGAGAAAGCAGGGCAGCAGACAGUGGGUCGGCUGAUAGUGGUGCAGCCGAAGGCGGGGCGGCCCAAGUAGGGGGAACAGAAGCUGGAGGGGCAGAAGGUGGGGGAGCAGCAGAGGAGGGGGCAGGCACUGGGAGUGGUGGGGCAGAGGAGGCAGUGGUGGCGACAUAUGAGCUCAUGGCGAGGAGGGUGUGGGAGAAACUGGAGGAGCGAGCACUUGAGGGUGGAGCAUCCAGCCGCGCGGUUCGUGCGUGCAUGGCAGCUCCGCGCGUGCACUCGGCGACGCACGGCCUGCCAGGCCGCAGUGCGCAUUCCCGGCCGUCCCUCGGGCUCCCCGCGUUCUGCGACGUCGUAGCUGCGUUCGGGCUUUUCGACGGCUCCUCGUGCACCCCGCAGAUCACCCCAGGGGGCGUAAUCUCCUGCACGUGCCACGGAUGCCAGCAGUGGAAGGCCUUCACAGCUGGCAGGCUGAGCUGGCCUUCCACGUGGCAGGUAGCCACUGGAGCAGGCGAGGGGAGUAGGGAGGCGAGCGAGCAGCAGCAGGAACAUCCUGAUUCUGAGAGGCACCGUGGGGGGUGCGCGGUGGGAGUGAUGCCAGCAGUGGGAGAGGGGGGGCAGGGCAGUGGGCCGGGCAUGGCAGCAAGGGUGCACUACGAGGUGCUCACACAGGAGAUGCUGCUCGCCCUCGCUGCUUACAUCCGGUCAGACACUCACAUUCCAAUGUCCGUCAUACUCCAGUCCAGCAAUCCCAGCCCCUCCUUGUCUCUCUUGUCUCUGUUCCUUACUGCCGUGGCUGCUGUCUCCUCGAGCGUGCAGGGCACUACAGGCGCACGAGUGGGCUCACAUCCCUCACCAUGCUGGAGGUGGGCCGCUGCUGCUGCCGCUGCUGCUGCUGCUGCCGCCGCCGCCGCUGCUGCUGCUGCUGCUGCUGCUGCUGCUGCUGCUGCUGCUGCUGCUGCUGCUGCUGCUGCUGCUGCUGCUGCUGCUGCUGCUGCUGCUGCUGCUGCUGCUGCUGCUGCUGCUGCUGCUGCUGCUGCUGCUGCUGCUGCUGCUGCUGGGGAUACUCACCACUCUCUUCUCCUCUCCCUCAACUGCCAUCGCUCAGAUGGAAGCAUGUGCCGGCAUGCACGCUUCUUCAUAUCUGCCCGUCUCCACUCCUCUCAACAAUCUUCAUCUUCUCUCGCCCCUCCCGCGUGCGGCAGGCAGGUGGGGGCAGGCGAUGGCCUGCUGGCCUGCAAGCUGCGGCAGUGCUUGCGAGAGUGGGGCGCAGACGGGGAGGGUGCAGAGUGGGAGGGCGAGGAGGGUGAGAUGAGGGAGGAAGGGGGACAACAACAUGAAGAACAGGGAGGAGGGAGGAGGAAUGGCAGGAGGAGGGACACGGAGAGGGGGACUGGCAGUGAGUGGGUGAGGUUGGAGGGGCUGUGGAUGAGAGUGAUCGCCACUGAUGCCAUGCCUCGUUGGCUGCCUGGCGGUGUCGCUGCCACACGCAGCCUCGCUGGUGCCGACUAUGGUGAUUCGAGGGAGGGCAGUGGAGGUCCAAGGGAGGGCAGUGGAGGUCCAAGGGACAUUGAUCAUGUGGAGGCAGGGGAGGAAGUGAUAGCGUGUGAUGCAGAAACUGCCAUUGCGGCAUACAAGCCCCAUAUUGUGAUCGCAUGCUGGAUGCCCCUAGGAGUGGACUGGACGGUAGCCAUGCGGCGGCAGGCGUCAGUGAGGGAGUAUAUCCUCGUGGGGGAGAAGGAGGGCGGCAUUUGCGGUCAUCACCUGCUGACGUGGCGCUUCCCUGGCUUGAAGACGUGGCGACGGGGUGGCAGGCUGAAGCGGAGAAGAGAGAGGGCAGAGGAGGAGAAAGUAGAAGAGGAAUACGCGGAAGAGAAAGACGGGGAGGAAGAGGAGAAAGAGAAAGAAGAGGAGGAAGAGAAAGAAGAGGAGGAAGAGGAGGAAGAGGAGGAAGAGGAAGAAGAGGAGGAAGAGGAGGAAGAGGAGGAAGAGGAAGGAGAGGAGGAAAAGAAUGAUGAGGGGGAAGAGGAGGGUGCGGGGGAGGGCAAGGAGUGGAAGCAGGAUGACAAUGAAGUGGAUAAUGGGGGGGAGCAAUGCGACCCAGGCCAAGAUCAUCACAAGGAGCACGUGGGCAGGGGAGGGAAUGCAGAACUGACAAGGGAGCCUAGGAAAAACAGGCACAGUAAAAAACCACAGAGGAACUCAGGAAAGUUUGAGCAGCUGGUUAAGAAUUCUGGGCAAGGGAAGGCAGUGGAGGGAGGUGGGGAUGGGUGGGAGCGAGUGGAGUGUGAUUGGAUCAGCCAGUGGCAGAUAGGGCGGACGGACGAGCGUUGGAGCUGCACCCGCCACUCGUACUCUGUGGCGUUCAGGCGAUGCACUGUGGAAAGAUAG